AUGGCCAAGUACGAGGACCGUCUCGAGCGCGAGCGCGAGCGCGACCGCCUGUCGUUUGGGGGCAUGCCGGCCCCGUACCGCGGCAAGCCCGUUGAGCAGCCAGCCCGUAAAUGGCUCCGCCAGUUUGAGCUCUACUGUUUGGAUCGCAAAUACGACGAUGACGGGAAGAAGGCCCUCGUCUUCAAGCUCCUAAUGGAGGACGACGCCGAGACGUGGUUCGAUGGGCUCGAUGUGAGCACGCAGGCGUCGUUCCAAGCACUCGAGAGGGAGUUCCUUAGCAAGUACGGCGACGAGGCCAUCGACGGCUACAGCUUCGGUGCCUUCCUACGCUUCCAGAGCAAAGCCGCUGAGCUCAGCAAGUACGACAUCAUCAAGGACAAGAAGGGCUAUGACAAGUUGCUCGACGAGAUCGCCGCUGCCGACCGACGAGUCAGCAACAAGCACGUCGUUCAAGGCUUCCGCGCGGAGCAUCUUAUCCACGGCUUGCCCCGCGCUGUCCGUCAGACCGUCGCCCUUCCUGGCACCACGACCAACGUAGCAGACGUCGUCGCGGCGAUGCGCAAGGUUAAUCACCCGCAGCUCAUGGAAGCCAUCGACGAGGAGCGUAAGAUCGGCCGCAUCGGUGAACUCGAGCGCAUCGAGGAGUCGUGGGACUACGUCAAGCGCACGGCUGACAAGUACGCCGAGGUCGAGGUCGACGUCGACCAGAUGCGCCACUUUUGGCAGCAGUCCGCGCCGGUCCUCGUCCCCGCCCAACGCCGCAUCGGCGAUGGCUCGUACCCCUCUCAGCCCAACGGCCCCCCUGCUCCCUACAACGGUGUCGGCCCAAGCUACCGACCGAUUCUGCUUCGCAAUGGCCAGAGCACGCACCCGGAUACGCCUGACGGUCACAGGGUCUACGAGCAGAAAAAGGCGGCCUACCAGCAGCGCCACCCGCGCACCGUCUCGCGCCCGACCACGGAGGAUGAGUUCCCGCUCGCACCAGGCACCGAGCCGGCCGACGGCACUGAGUGUCACCGUUGUGGUCACCGCGGCCACCAGCAGGCGUCGUGCACCGGUACGCCGCUCACGCAGGCGGAGAUCUCCUUCCGCAACGACCUCGGUAGGGACAUCAACUACGCGCGACGUGCCCUCGGACUGCCGUCGGGAAACUGA